AGCCGCUGUCUGCGCACACGCACACACUUUACACACGCGCGCGCAAAAGCUGCCUGGCCACUUGGAAAUUUCCCUGCCAGAAGACGGAUGCUAUUUGGCCGCUAAAUCAGCGGAAGUGUCCGCCAACCUGCGCCCGGUGAUGCAGCAGAGGAGCUGGUGAAGCUGCGAAGAUCAGCACACGCACGUGAGGCGGCCCUUUCCCCUUUCAGCAAAAAGGUACAGUUCCAACCCGCUGCCGGCCAAGAUGGUUGUUCUGUCGCUGAAAAUCUGCGUUCGCCACUGCAACGUGGUGAAGACCAUGCAGUUCGAGCCGUCCACGGCUAUCUACGACGCCUGCAGGAUCAUCCGGGAGAGAGUUCCCGAGGCUCAGUCUGGACAGGCUUCAGAUUAUGGUCUGUUUCUGUCUGACGAAGACCCCAGAAAAGGAAUCUGGCUGGAGUCUGGCAGGACACUCGACUACUACAUGCUCCGCAAUGGGGACAUUCUUGAAUACAAGAAGAAACAGAAGCCCCAGAAAAUCAAAAUGUUGGACGGCGCCGUUAAAACCAUCAUGGUGGAUGACUCCAAAACAGUCGGGGAGCUGCUUGUGACCAUAUGCAGUAGAAUAGGCAUCACCAACUACGAGGAGUACUCUUUGAUCCAGGAGUUUAUGGAGGAGAAGAAAGACGACAGCAUGGGCACGUUAAAGAAAGACCGAACGCUGCUGCGUGAUGAGAGGAAGAUGGAGAAGCUCAAAGCCAAACUGCACACAGACGACGACUUGAACUGGCUGGACCACAGCAGGACGUUCAGGGAGCAAGGCGUGGACGAGAACGAGACGCUUCUGCUGCGACGCAAGUUCUUCUACUCGGACCAAAAUGUGGACUCCCGGGACCCGGUCCAGCUCAACCUUCUUUACGUGCAGGCUCGAGACGACAUCCUAAAUGGUUCGCACCCUGUGUCGUUCGACAAGGCUGGCGAGUUCGGUGGCAUUCAGGCCCAGAUCCAGUUCGGACCUUUCAUGGAGCACAAACACAAGCCAGGAUUCUUAGACUUGAAGGAGUUUUUACCCAAAGAGUACAUAAAGCAAAGAGGAUCGGAGAAGAAAAUAUUCCAGGAGCACAGCAACUGCGGAGAAAUGACGGAGAUCGAAGCUAAAGUGAAAUAUGUCAAACUGGCGAGGUCUCUGAGGACUUACGGAGUGUCUUUCUUCCUGGUCAAGGAAAAGAUGAAGAGCAAGAACAAGCUGGUGCCGCGCCUCCUUGGCAUCACCAAAGAGUCUGUGAUGAGAGUGGAAGAGAAGACCAAAGACGUGGUGCAAGAGUGGCCACUCACCACCGUCAAGAGGUGGGCCGCCUCCCCUAAGAGCUUCACACUGGACUUUGGGGAGUACCAGGAGAGCUACUACUCUGUUCAGACCACAGAAGGAGAGCAGAUCUCUCAGCUUAUUGCAGGUUACAUCGACAUCAUCCUCAAAAAGAAACAAAGCAAGGAUCGUUUUGGAAUGGAAGGCGACGAGGAAGCAACCAUGCUUGAGGAAUCUGUGUCUCCUAAAAAGUCCACCAUCCUCCAGCAGCAGUUUAACCGCGUGGGACGGGCGGAGCACGGUUCGGUGGCACUGCCCGGGGUGAUCCGCUCGGGAUCCAUCGGCACCGAGUCGCUCAGCGUGGGCAGCAUGCCGUCUCCUCAGCAGCAGAUCACAAUGGGUCAGAUGCACCGUGGACACAUGCCACCACUGAGCUCAGCCCAGCAAGCUCUGAUGGGGACCAUCAACACCAGCAUGCAGGCUGUGCAGAAGGCUCAGGUCGACCUGGGGGAGGUGGACAGCCUGCCUCCACUAGGACAGGACAUGGCCUCGAAGGUGUGGAUUCAGAACAAGAUGGAUGAAUCCAAACAUGAGAUUCACUCUCAGGUUGAUGCCAUAACUGCAGGAACUGCUUCUGUUGUCAACCUCACAGCCGGCGACCCGACCGACACAGACUACACUGCAGUGGGCUGCGCCAUCACCACCAUCUCGUCCAACCUGACAGAGAUGUCCAAGGGCGUCAAGCUGUUAGCUGCUUUCAUGGAGGACGAGGUGGGCGGCGGUAACGACCUCAUGAAGGCUGCCAGGACGCUAGCGGGAGCUGUGUCUGACCUGCUCAAGGCCGUGGAGCCUGCAUCUGGAGAGCCAAGACAGACGGUGCUGACAGCCGCCGGCAGCAUCGGCCAGGCCAGUGGAGACCUCCUUCGACAGAUUGGAGAGAACGAAACAGACGAAAGGUUCCAGGAUGUUCUGAUGAACCUGGCCAAAGCGGUGGCCAAUGCUGCAGCCAUGUUGGUCCUGAAGGCCAAGAACGUAGCCCAGGUCGCGGAGGACACCGUCCUCCAGAACCGAGUCAUUGCCGCCGCCACCCAGUGCGCUCUAUCCACCUCCCAGCUGGUAGCGUGUGCCAAGGUGGUGAGUCCCACCAUCAGCUCCCCCGUUUGCCAGGAACAGCUCAUCGAAGCUGGGAAGCUGGUGGACCGCUCUGUGGAGAGCUGCGUCCAGGCCUGCCUCUCUGCUACGGAGGAUGGAGAGCUCCUCAAGCAGGUGAGCGCGGCAGCCAGCGUGGUGAGUCAGGCCCUGGAAGAUCUCCUGCAACAUGUCCGCCAGUACACUUCCAGGGGAGAGCCCAUCGGCCGCUACGACCAGGCCACUGACACCAUCAUGACGGUCACUGAGAGUAUCUUCUGCUCCAUGGGGGACGCCGGAGAGAUGGUCCGCCAGGCCCGUGUGCUGGCCCAGGCCACGUCAGACCUGGUGAACGCCAUGAGGUCUGAUGCAGAAGCUGAAAUCGAUGUGGACAACUCCAAGAAGUUGCUGGCAGCUGCGAAACUGCUGGCUGACGCCACUGCCAGGAUGGUGGAGGCAGCGAAGGGUGCAGCAGCCUAUCCCGAGAAUGAGGACCAGCAACAGCGACUGAGGGAGGCUGCAGAGGGUUUACGUGUGGCCACCAAUGCCGCAGCUCAGAACGCCAUCAAGAAGAAACUGAUCAACCGACUGGAGAAUGCUGCCAAACAAGGUGCAGCGGCAGCCACCCAAACCAUCGCUGCUGCUCAGAAUGCUGCCGCCUCCAACAAGAACACCGCCGCCCACCAGCAGUUGGUGCAAAGCUGCAAGGCAGUGGCUGACCACAUCCCUCAGCUGGUCCAGGGCGUGCGGAGCAGUCAGGCCAAACCGGACGACCUGAGUGCACAACUUGCCCUCAUUAUUGCCAGUCAGAACUUCCUACAGCCUGGUAGUAAGAUGGUGACUUCGACCAAGUCAUCGGUUCCCACGGUGACGGAUCAGGCUGCCGCAAUGCAACUGGGUCAGUGUGCCAAGAACCUGGCCACCUGUCUGGCUGAGCUGAGGACGGCUGCACAGAAGGCUCAUGAAGCUUGCGGCCCCAUGGAAAUCGACUCUGCCCUCACCGCCCUCCAGACGCUGAAAAAUGAGCUGCAAGACGCCAGGCUGGCUGCCGGUAACUCGCAGCUGAAGCCUCUCCCGGGAGAAUCGUUGGAGAAGUGUGCUCAGGAACUGGGCAGCACGUCCAAGUCAGUCGGCUCUUCGAUGGCUCAGCUGCUCACCUGCGCUGCACAAGGCAAUGAACACUACACAGGCAUAGCAGCCAGGGAGACGGCCCAGGCCUUGAAGACGUUGGCCCAGGCGGCCCGCGGAGUCGCCGCAUCCACAGCUGACCCCAAAGGUGCCGCCGCCAUGCUGGACUCGGCCCGCGAUGUUAUGGAGGGCUCGGCGCUUCUCAUUCAGGAAGCCAAGCAGGCGCUGAUCUCACCCGGAGAUGCCGAGAGUCAGCAGAGGUUGGCACAGGUGGCUAAGGCCGUGUCUCAUUCCUUGAACAAUUGCGUCAACUGCCUGCCCGGCCAGAAGGACGUGGACAUGGCUCUCAAGAGCAUCGGCGAGGCCAGCAAGAAGCUCCUGAUUGACAGCAUCCCACCCGCCUCCAAGACGUUUCAGGAGGCGCAGAGCGAGCUCAAUCAAACGGCGGCCGACUUGAACCAAUCUGCCGGCGAGGUGGUCCACGCCUCUCGAGGCUCCAGCAGCCAGCUCGCUGUGGCAUCUGGGAAAUUCAGCGAAGAUUUUGACGAGUUCCUGGACGCUGGUAUCGAGAUGGCUGGGCACACUCAGAAGAAGGACGACCAGGUGCAGGUGAUCAGCAACCUGAAGAACAUCUCAAUGGCCUCUAGCAAGCUGCUGCUGGCCGCUAAAAGUCUGUCGGUGGAUCCGGCAGCCGCUAACGCAAAGAACCUGCUCGCAGCUGCGGCAAGAUCUGUGACCGACAGUAUUAACCAGCUGAUCACGCUGUGCACUCAGCAGGCGCCUGGCCAGAAGGAGUGUGAUAACGCCCUCCGAGAGCUCGAGGCGGUCCGAGGAAUGCUGGACAACCCCAAUGAACCCGUCAAUGACCUUUCCUACUUCGACUGCAUCGAGAGUGUCAUGGAAAAUUCCAAGGUCUUGGGAGAGUCCAUGGCGGGGAUUUCCCAGAACUGCAAGACGGGAGACGUUACUUCAUUUGGAGACUGCGUAGGAUCGGCUUCCAAGGCGCUUUGUGGGCUCACAGAGGCUGCAGGACAGGCCUCCUACCUGGUGGGCGUGUCAGAUCCCAACAGUCAGGCGGGUCACCAGGGUUUGGUGGACCCUAUCCAGUUUGCUAAAGCCAACCAAGCUAUCCAAAUGGCCUGUCAGAAUCUAGUUGACCCACAGAGUAGUCCCUCUCAGGUCCUUUCCGCGGCCACCAUCGUUGCAAAGCACACGUCGUCGCUGUGCAACGCCUGCCGCCUGGCUUCCUCGAAAACCACCAACCCCGUUGCCAAGCGACACUUUGUCCAGUCUGCUAAGGAGGUGGCCAACAGCACCGCCAACCUGGUCAAAACCAUUAAGGCUCUGGAUGGAGACUUCUCGAAUGAAAACAGGAACAGGUGUCGAGUGGCCACAGCUCCACUCAUCGAAGCGGUGGAAAACCUGACAACAUUCGCAUCCAACCCCGAGUUUGCCAGCCUCCCCGCUCAAAUCAGCCACGAGGGCUCGGCAGCUCAGGAGCCGAUCCUCCAGUCGGCUUAUUCCAUGCUCGACAGCUCCACCUACCUGCUCAAGACAGCACGCUCACUGGUUAUCAACCCUAAAGACCCGCCCACCUGGUCUGUGUUAGCUGGUCACUCCCGCACUGUCUCCGACUCCAUCAAGAGUCUCAUCACUGCCAUACGGGACAAGGCACCAGGCCAGCGGGAGUGCGACUCGUCCAUUGAUAAUGUCAACAAAUGUAUCCGGGACAUUGAGCAGGCCUCUUUGGCUGCGGUCAGCCAGAACUUACCCAGCAGGGACGACAUCUCACUGGAGGCCCUGCAAGAACAGCUGACAUCCUCCGUGCAGGAAAUUGGCUACUUAGUCGACCCUGUUUCCACCGCUGCCAGGGGCGAAGCUUCCCAACUAGGACACAAGGUGACCCAGCUGGCCCGCUACUUUGAACCGCUAAUCAGGGCCGCGGUGGGCGUGGCGUCCAAGCUGAAGGACCACCAGCAGCAGAUGACCUUCCUGGAUCAGACUAAGACCUUGGCCGAGUCCGCCCUGCAGAUGCUGUAUGCUGCCAAGGAGGGAGGAGGAAACCCAAAGGCGUCCCACACGCACGACGCCAUCGCCGAGGCAUCCCAGCUCAUGAAGGAGGCGGUGGAUGACAUCAUGGUGACGCUGAACGAGGCCGCCAGUGAAGUAGGCAUGGUGGGAGGGAUGGUGGACGCUAUCGCCGAGGCCAUGGCCAAGCUGGAUGAGGGAACGCCACCUGAACCUGAGGGCUCCUUCGUGGACUACCAGACCAGUAUGGUGAAACACUCCAAAGCUAUUGCAGUCACCGCCCAGGAAAUGAUGACCAAAUCGGUGACAUGUCCAGACGAGCUGGGGAGUCUGGCCUCUCAGGUGACCGCAGACUUCAGCCAGCUGGCGGUGCAGGGGCGCAUGGCCGCCCACACGGCCGAGCCAGAAGAGAUUGGUUUCCAGAUUAAGACCAGAGUGCAGGAGUUGGGCCACGGAUGCAUCUUCUUGGUCCAGAAGGCCGGAGCGCUGCAGAUUACUCCUUCUGACAGCUUUACCAAACGAGAACUUAUCGACUGCGCCCGUGCCGUCACAGAGAAGGUGUCUCUGGUGCUGUCGGCGCUGCAGGCUGGCAACAAGGGCACACAGGCCUGCAUCACGGCAGCCAGCGCCGUGUCGGGCAUCAUCGCAGAUCUGGACACCACCAUCAUGUUCGCCUCCGCCAGCACUCUUAACGCGGAGGACGACGAGUCCUUCGCUGACCACAGAGAGAACAUUUUAAAGACGGCCAAAGCUUUGGUGGAGGACACGAAGAUGUUGGUGUCUGGUGCCGCCUCCGGCCAGGACAGGUUGGCUCAGGCGGCCCAGUCAUCUGCCAAAACCAUCACCCACCUCACUGAUGUGGUCAAACUGGGAGCCGCCAGCAUCGGCUCAGAUGAUCCAGAGACUCAGGUGGUUCUGAUAAACGCCGUCAAAGACGUCGCCAAGGCGCUGGCGGAGCUCAUCAGCGCCACCAAGUGUGCCGCCGGCAAAGCAGCAGACGACCCGUCCAUGUACCAGCUGAAGAGCGCCGCCAAGGUGAUGGUGACCAACGUGACGUCCCUGCUAAAGACAGUCAAGGCUGUGGAGGACGAGGCCACACGAGGCACCAGAGCGCUGGAGGCCACAAUUGAGUGCAUCAAACAGGAAAUGGCGUUAUUCCAUUCCAGGGACCCCCCUAUCAAAACAACUACACCUGAAGAAUUCAUCCGCAUAACCAAAGGCAUCACCAUGGCGACGGCUAAAGCCGUGGCUGCUGGGAACUCUGCCCGACAGGAGGACAUCAUCCACACGGCCAACCUGAGUCGUAAGGCCAUUUCCGACAUGCUCGCCAGCUGCAAGCAAGCGGCUUACCACCCUGAUGUCAACGAGGAGGUGAAGAACAGGGCCCUGAGGUUCGGAUCAGAGUGCACUGUUGGGUACAUUGAUCUGCUGGAGCAAGUACUUCUGGUGUUGCAGCGGCCCACACCUGAGCAAAAGCAGCAGCUGGCAGCGUGUUCGAAACGAGUGGCCGGAGCCGUCACCGAACUCAUCCAGUCUGCGGAGGCCAUGAAAGGUUCUGAGUGGGUGGACCCAGAGGACCCCACUGUGAUCGCAGAGACGGAGCUGUUAGGGGCGGCGGCGUCCAUCGAGGCGGCUGCUAAGAAGCUGGAGCAGCUCAAACCUCGAGCCAAGCCUAAGCUGGCAGAUGAGACGUUAAACUUCGAGGAGCAGAUCCUGGAGGCGGCCAAGUCCAUCGCUGCCGCCACCAGCGCCUUGGUCAAAUCCGCCUCUGCCGCCCAGAGAGAGCUGGUGGCUCAGGGCAAAGUGGGCUCCAUCCCAGCCAACGCCGUAGACGACGGCCAGUGGUCCCAAGGUCUCAUCUCGGCUGCACGUAUGGUGGCGGCGGCCACAAGCAACCUGUGCGAGGCUGCCAACGCGUCCGUGCAAGGCCACGCCAGCGAGGAAAAACUGAUUUCUUCAGCCAAGCAGGUGGCCGCCUCCACUGCACAGCUGCUGGUGGCCUGCAAGGUGAAGGCUGACCAAGACUCUGAGGCCAUGAGGAGACUGCAGAUUGCUGGCAACGCUGUGAAGAAGGCGUCCGACAACUUGGUGAGAGCGGCUCAAAAGGCGGCGUUUGACAAGGCAGAUGAAGACAACGUGGUGGUCAAGACCAAGUUUGUCGGAGGCAUUGCACAGAUCAUCGCGGCGCAGGAGGAGAUGCUGAGGAAGGAGAGAGAGCUGGAAGAAGCCCGGAAGAAGCUGGCUCAGAUCCGACAGCAGCAGUACAAAUUCCUGCCCAGCGAGCUGCGCGAGGACAACAACUAAAGAAACCUUUUGCUCGAAAAUCGACGUCUUCAUGUCUCAGCUGCUGCGUGUUACAGACUGAUUGCAAGCAACCGGUCUCACGCGGCGAGGACGUCCUAAACGGUGACAACAUGAAGACGUCUCCUGGCGUGCAACAACCAAGCUACUUCAAGCCCAACGUGACUCGCUCGGGAGCGAAUGUGCGCAAUGCCACACACAAAGGGAAGGUCUGACAUGCUUGUCAAUGUCAACCAAGGACGUCUCGUAGAUCUGCAUGUCUUUGGCCUUGAAUUGAGCCUUUCUGAUAUUUAUUAUUAUUUUGAGGAUAUUUUUAGCCGGCGUGUGAUCGUCAGAGAAGGAAAAAACAAACAUCUUACUGCCUCUUUUCUGCCAGCCUUCACAUUAGGGGUGGAAAGUGAUGCAAUAACAAGGAUGGUGCUGUAGAGGGCAGUGUUGAUGUCCUGUUGAAAUAAUAAACUAUCAUUUCAGUUGCUACCAGGAAAUCAUUUUUACUAAUCUGUUGAAUUGGCUGCAAAUUAACUAAUACCUCAAAUUAUCUUUAAUUUUUCCCCCCACAUGAAUUCAAUCUUUAUUUUGGACUUAAAGGGUGUGGCUUUAUGAAUACACUACCUGCAAUAGCAACGCCGUUUGUUUACCAAAUGUGAUUGUUGUGUAUCUGCCUUACUAUUUACAGCCUGUUGCGUUUAUACUGUACAUGUAGUGUUACUGUACAUGUAGUGUUACUGUACGUGCAGUGUUACUGUACAUGUCGUGUUACUGUACAUGCAGUGUUACUGUACAUACAGUGUGUGUGCUGUAAGGUUAGUACAUGGCUAUAGAUGCAUCUUGCCUUAGAAUACACCUCACUUAAAAUGUCAUGUUUGCAAGGUUGGCACUAUGGAGCUUUUUGUUGCGUGCGUGCGUGUGUGUGUGUGUGUGUUUUCAUCCGUCUGAUUUGUAGUGUUAUUAUUAGUGCCUUAGUGCAGUGGUUCUCAAACUUUUUUCACCAAGUACCACCAUAGUAGUAGGCCUAAGUAAUCAUUAUAAGCAAGGCAGAGGUUUUAUUUAAGAAGUGUAUUUCAUAUUUUGGGCCGCUUUUACAUUGCACACAGUUUGAACAAUAAGUGAUUUUGUUGGUGCACCACUAGAUGGAGCCUGCGUACCACUGGAGUUACACCUACCACAGUUUGAGAACCACUACCUUAGUCUGUAGCCUUAGAGCAUCUACAUCAGGGGUCCCCAAACUAUGGCCCGGACCACGGGAAGUCCCAAGUUAAAUAUAUAUAUAUAUAUUUUUAUUUUUUAUUUUUUUUUUAAUCUUUCCUUUCUAAUCCAUUUUCUACCGCUUGUUACUCACGGUGUCUCCUAGCCGCUCAGGCAAAUCAUAUUGUCUAAAAAUGCAUUUUCCCAUCGAUAACGUGACAAUAUUAAACGUCAAAACGGAUUAAAAAGACAAUGUGUAUAUAUGUAAUUUUUUUUAACCCAAUGCGGCCCACGAGUCAAAAAGUUUGGGGACCCCUGGUCUACGUGUGUGUGUGUGUGUGUGUGUGUGUGUGUGUGUGUGUGUGUGUGUUGUGUGUGUUGUGUGUGUGAGAGCCAUCUCACACAGGUCAAUAGAAGGUUGGCUCCUUUGUUGUUGGUGUUAUCAAGUGCUUCUGUCACUGCAACCUCAUGUUCCAUCUUUCUCAUGUAAGGGAUGAGAGUACUGGUGCAUGACACUUUCUCUCAGUUGCUCAUUGUUGCGAUGCGUCUCGUUCAUUCUGACACCCUUUUGAAGAAAGAUAGGAUUGUUUCACUGCGUUUUCAUGGUUUUCUCAUUCAUUCUGGAACAUUUCAGGUUAUCAUGCUGGUUCACUGCAUUCUCAUGAAGUCGGGCUCUCAUUCUAGCAUGCGCCCCUUUUUUGAAGAGUGAUACUACUACUCCAUUGCAUCUUCAUCAUGUUAGUAGGAGCUCAAUGCAAUUUCAUGAGGUUUUAUCAUUCAUUUUGACACACUCAAGGGCUUUUUUCUUGAGAAUGAUACGCCAUGUUUGCUGCGUUCUCAUCAGGUAGUCGUUCACUGCGUUCUCAUUCCAGCACGUGCUGUAUAUGAGAGCCUUUUGGAGAAUGAUACUACGUGUUCACUGUAUUCUCAUCUGGUUAGCAUUGUAAUCUUGUUAGUAAUUCACUGCAUUUCCAUGAGGUUUAUCAUUCAUUUUGACACUUUGAAGGCCUUUUUCAUGGCAAUGAUUCUACUCGUGUUUCCAUCAGGUAAGAUGAGCAUGAGAGUACUGGUUCACUGUGUUUUCCCAAUGUUUCUCAUUCUGACACAAAUGAGGUACUUUGGCUAAAUGAUAAUAUACGUUCACUGCAUUUUCAUGAUGUUUCUCAGUCUUUGUGACACAUUGAAGGUGGUUUGGUGGCAUGAGAAUACUGGUUCACAACGUCUUCAUGAAGGCCUUUAGGUAAAUGACAGUAGAUUUUCACUACAGUUUCCUGAUGUUUCUCAUACAGUCUAACAUCCCUGAUGAGAAACCUGGUUUACUGCCUUUUAAUGAAUUUUCUCAAUAUUCCACACUUAUAGUCAUUUUGUGGCAGGAGAAUGCCGGUUCAACACAUUUCAUGAAGUUUCUCAGUCUGACAAAUUUAAGGUCACUUUGUUUUUUCAAGAUCUUUCUCAUUCUGACACUUUGGGUAAAUGAUAGCAACCUAAGCACAUUUUCAUGACAUUUCUCAUUCAUUCAUGACAUAUUUAAGUUCUUUAAGCGGCAUGAGGACACUGAUUCAAUAUAUUUUCAUGAUGUUUUCUCAUUCACUCUUACAUAUUUAUGAUCAUUUUGUGGCAUGAGUAUUGGUUUACUAUAUUUUCCUGAUGUUUGUCCCUUUAGGAAAAUCAUAUUUUCAUGAUGUUUAAACUCAUUCUGACAUUUUUAAGGCCUAUAUGGGGCAUGAGAAAACUGCUUCACUGCAUUUUCAUGAAUUUUCUAAUUAUUUCACACACAUUUGAGGUUGUUUCGUGGCAAGAGAAUACUGGUUCACUACAUGUUUUAUGUUUUUCUCUCAUUCGGACGCACAUGAGCCAGGUCCUUUUGGGUAAAUAAUAAAUAAAGUACAUUACAUUUU